UCCUAGCUUUACGAUAACAACUAUGGCGGCUGCCGGUGGUAGAUUUGAAAGUGCGAGUAGCGUCGAAGAGCGUAAAGAACAGAUUCGAAUUGCCAGGGCCGAGGUGUUGCGCCAGGCCAAAGCCAAUUUUGAAAAGGAAGAAAGGCGUAAAGAACUUAAACGACUUCGGGGUGAGGAAACAUGGAUGCUACCUGAUGUGAUUAAGAGAGUUGAACAAAUCUCACAGGAAGACUGUGUGAAGAAAAAGAAGAAAAAAGGCAAGCAUUCAAAAAAAGUAAAGAAAGAGAAGAAAAAAAAAAGCAAGAAACAAAAGUGUGAGAAAAAUGAGUCAUCUGACAGCUCCUCAAGCUCUGAAGAUGAGUGGGUUGAGGCUGUUCCCUCCCAGACUCCUGGCAAGGAGAAGGCCUGGAAGAUUAAAGAUGAAAAGUUAGAAAAAGAAGAUAAUCAGAUUAUUCAGAGGGAUGAAUGGAUGACGGUUGAUUUUAUGUCUGUUAAAACUGUGUCAUCAUUGUCACUCAAAGCUGAAAAGGAAGCUGCAAGGAAAACACAGCAAGAGAAAACCCAGGCAUCUGAACAGUCCAGAUUGCUGGAAAGAGAAUUGAAUCCUUACUGGAAGGAUGGUGGGACAGGUCUUCCACCAGAAGACUGUAAUGUGUCAUCCAUUACGAAAGUAGAAGAUGGUGGUUUAAGCUGGCUAAGGAAGUCUUAUCAAAGAAUGAAAGAACAAGCUGAGAAACAAAAUAGAAAUAUUGAGGACAUUGUAGCUGAAAGAUAUGGGUCAAUGGAAAUAUUUCAGUUGAAAUUAAAAGAAGCUGAAAAAGCUGCAUUUACAAAAGAAGAUUGUAGACGAGAACGGUGGAAGAAACCAACAUACUCAGAUAAAGCACAUAGUAGUCAAGAAAGUGGAAAGUCAGACUUGGUAAAAUAUAAUAAAAGUUCAAGAGGUAGAUAUAAUACAACAGAUAUUGCCAACAAUAUCACUAAAGAUAAGUUUAGUGGUGAUGAAAAAGAUGGUAGAUCUGUGUUUUCAGAAACAUGUAGAAGAGAACCCAGUCCAAGGAAAAAUCAAGAAUUUUCUUCUCAUGUAAAUUUAAGAGCUAAAUUCUUAAGACCCUCUGAUGAUGAAGAAGUGUCAUUUCAUAGCAAGGACAGAAAUUUUGAACCAUCUAGUUCAUCUUCAGCAGUAGUCCCUCAAGAUUCUGUCUAUUGUGGUUUUCAAAAAUCCACAGAAAACAGUGAAGAAAGUUUAUCAUGGAGUAGAUUUGGAAGGGGAGACAGGAAACAUUCAAAUAAAAAACCACUAGAAACCAGUCACAGUGUUGACCAUGGAUGCAUUUCAGAAGACGUGAGAGAAAAAUCACAGGAGGAAGGCUUGAGAGAUGACUCUGUGACCAAAGAACAUCUACAGGAUACAAAGUCUUCGCUUGCCAGAAGUAGUCCAGGGGAUGAGUCUAUCCACGUCUUGAGUGUUGAUGAGAAGAACAAGUUAGGAGCCAAAAUUAUCAAGGCAGAGAUGAUGGGCAAUAUGGAAUUAGCUGAACAACUUAAAGCCCAACUUGAUAAGGCAAAUAAAUUCCAAGACACCAUAACACAGAUGUCAUCAAAAAAAUCUAGGGUAGAGGAUGAAGAUCAGGAAGAAGUGAUCCUUGUCAGAACAGAUCAUUCCGGAAGAGUCUGGCCUGUAAACACACCAGGAAAACAAGAAGGAAAAAGGAAAAGACAGAUUGUUUCAACUCAUGAGGAAAAAGAAAGGGUCAGAUACUUUCAUGAUGAUGAUAACUUAAGCCUAAAUGAUUUAGUCAAGAAUGAAAAGAUGGGAACAGCAGAAAAUCAGAACAAACUCUUUAUGAGAAUGACAUCGAAGUUUAUGGGAAAAGCAGACGGAGACUAUUACACUCUGGAUGACAUGUUUGUCUCCAAAGCAGCUGAGAGAGAACGUUUUGGUGAAGAGGAAGAGAAUCAGAGGAAAAAAGCUAUUGCUGAGCACCGGAGUCUUAUUGCACAAAUGGAAAAAUGUCUUUAUUGUUUCGACAGCUCUCAAUUUCCCAAGCACCUUAUUGUUGCAAUAGGUGUUAAGGCUUAUUUGUGUUUACCCAGUGUGCGCUCUCUUACUGAAGGACACUGCUUGGUAGUCCCUUUGCAGCACCACAGGGCGGCCACCUUACUGGAUGAAGACAUCUGGGAGGAAAUUCAGAUGUUUAGAAAAUCGUUGGUGAAAAUGUUUGAAGAUAAAGGAUUGGACUGUAUCUUUUUAGAAACAAAUGUGAACAUGAAGAAACAGUACCAUAUGGUUUAUGAAUGUAUUCCUCUCCCAAAGGAAGUGGGUGAUAUGGCUCCCAUCUAUUUUAAGAAAGCCAUAAUGGAAUCUGAUGAAGAAUGGUCUAUAAACAAGAAAUUGAUUGAUCUCUCUUCAAAAGACAUCAGAAAGUCUGUACCCAGAGGCUUACCUUACUUCUGUGUGAAUUUUGGCCUCCAGGGUGGGUUUGCCCAUGUCAUUGAAGAUCAGCACAAAUUCCCACAUUACUUUGGAAAGGAAAUCAUUGGUGGCAUGCUGGAUAUAGAACCAAGAGUUUGGAGGAAAGGGAUGCGAGAAAGCUUUGAAGAUCAGAGGAAGAAAGCACUGCAGUUUGCUCAGUGGUGGAAACCAUUUGACUUCACAGGAAAUAAAAAAUGUUGAGGCAAAGCUUUCAUUUUUUAUUUCCUUUUCAGAUUUCUUUCAGUUUUAUUUCCAUUGCAUCUAGCUGAACAACUAACCAUCAGGUAAUAGAAAAAGAGUGUCAUGAUCUGGGUUUCUGACAACUGUACAUCACUGAAUUGUAUUGGUUUCCUUCACUACCUGCUCCUGUGGACUGCAUUGUAGUAACCAUGGAGACCAGUUAUGUUGGGUGACCUGUUCAUGUCCUGUUCUGUACCUGUGUCUUCAUGUUCUAAACUAUUUAGUUAAUCUGUAGAAAGACUUUCCUGAAGAAUUAUCUAGGAAGUAUCACAAAUCAUUGGUUCAGAGGGAAAUAGGUCUGCUUCAAGUUUGUUAAGUCUACUGACUAGUUUCUUUUGCAUUUAAACUAAAACGUGGCACAUUUAGUUAUAAAUGAAAUUUCUUUUCAUAGCAUCUUAUAGAAGCUCUUAAUUUUCUACCAAUACCAUAUAUAUCACUGCUAUUCUUUUUAUUAAAGGAAAAAAGAAUGUCCCCAAUAAUAAAUAAUUAAAUGAGGUAUAUAAUAC